CUUCUUAUCGGUGUUAUUUUCACACAUCAUCACGUCAUUGACUGCGCACACAAUUGCUCUUGCUUGCUGUUUCCAUCCUUUAUUUAGUAUUAACCCCGGCUUUAAGGUUAUUGCGUAAUUUUGCACAUACACUAACGAUAGCGUGUAACGUUUACAUUGUACAUUGAGUAGCUAUUGUUGGACAUGGCAAAGCGGAAACAACAAGAGGAGCAGCCGCGCGCUGAUGCUAACGGGCGGCCAAGGAAGCAAGCAAAGCAAAAUGCAAAGAAAUUAGCCACCGCACCCCCACCAUCCGCCGCCCCCGCCAAACCCCGCGUCGGCGCCUUCUCCACCACCAUCGCCGGGCCCUCCGCCCCCUCCCCCGCUGCCCCGCCCACCACCACCACCACCACCGCCCCCCUCACCUCCUCCUCCUCCGCGCCCUUCAAGAACAAGGAGAAGGUGCUGGUGCUGUCCACCCGCGGCGUCACCUUCCGCUACCGGCACCUGAUGGAGGACGUGGCGGCGCUGCUGCCGCACGCCAAGCGCGAGUCCAAGCUGGACACGAAGAGCGACCGGCGGGUGAUCAACGAGGUGGCGGACCUGAAGGGAUGCAGCAGCGUGCUGUUCUUUGAGGUCCGCAAGAAGCAGGACCUGUACCUGUGGCUGUCCAGGUCCCCGGACGGCCCCUCAGCCAAGUUCCAUGUGGCCAACGUGCACACCAUGGCGGAGGUGAAGCUGUCGGGCAACCACCUGAAGGGCUCCCGGCCCGUGCUGUCAUUCGAUGCGGGCUUCGACGGUCAGCCGCACACGCAGCUGCUCAAGGAGAUGCUCACGCAGACGUUCGCCACCCCCAAGUGGCACCACAAGGCCAAGCCCUUCUUCGACCACGUCCUCUCCUUCACGCUGGCGGACGACCGCAUCUGGGUGCGCAACUACCAGCUGGUGGUGCCGCCCGACAAGAAGCGCGCCGACCCCUCCAACGCCUCCCUCGUGGAGGUGGGGCCGCGCUUCUGCCUCAACCCAAUCAAGAUCUUUGGCGGCAGCUUCGGGGGGCCCACGCUGUACGACAACCCGUCGUACACCUCCCCCAACGCCAUUCGCGCGGCGCUGAAGCGCAAGGCGGCUAGCAAGUACGGCAGCAAGGUUGCGCAGCGCGACCGCCGUACAGAGCACAAGGCCGCGAACCCCAUGCCUCGGGACCCCAUGGAGGGGCUGUUCCGAGGGGAGGAAGAGGGUAGCGAGGGG